AUGAUCCGCGUGUUGCUGGUCUUUACCAAGCUCCUGACCAUCCCCUUAACCCCACAGACCUAUAUCUACCACGCCAACUGGAUCAAGGGCCCCUUCGUCAACCCUCGCCAGAAUGAAUUUGCCUGGUUCACCAAGGACGAGCUGCGGGAACAUCUCCCCAAGGAGACCUUCGACCGCCUGGAGCCCCUUUUCUUCGACUACACUUUCUAG